CGGAAGGAAGGGUGUGGACGCUGAGCCGAGCCAGCGUGAAAAGCCGUUUGUGUUGAUAUGAAGGUUGAUUUUCUGUUUGUCCUGUGUCGAUCCUCGGACAUGGAGAGACAGGUGUGUUUCCUCCUGCUGCUGCUGGCGGUGCUGAACUCUGCUUCAGCUGGACGUGAGAAGCGAUACCGGGCAGUUGGUGAUACCCUCAUAAUGGCGCCUCCUCACUCUGGUCCUAUCACCAACAUCCUGUGGAAACAUAACGGUAAUCUGGUGGCUGAAUGGCUGAGUUCUGAGUUGCAGUACUACGGCAAGUUUAAAGACCGAACAACCCUGGACACAACCACUGCCCAUCUGAAAAUUACAGACAUGAGAGAAGCUGACUCAGGGCUGUACACGGUGGAGAUCAACUUCAUGGCCCAGGAUCAGAAGUAUGAUGUUAAAGUCAUCAAGAAAGUGUUCAAGGUACCUGAUGUGCGGGCAAGAUCACUGACUUGUGCCUCUGACUCAAAGAGCUGUGAUCUGAUUUGUAAUGGAGACACUACAGGAACUGAACCUGUCACCUACAGCUGGAAGACGGGAGACGGAGGGUGGAUUACAGGGGGAAAGAUCAUGACCAUCAAGAAUGAUGAGGAAACAAGAGGAAUUGAAACGUUCUCCUGCCAGAUGAAGAACCCAGUCAGUGAGGAAGACAGUGAUCCCUACAAGAAUCCAUUCUUUCAAAGAGGACUUCCAGACUCCGGAUCCUGGACCAAUGUUUUAGGGGUUGUCAUAAGAUCGCUGGCAUCUCUGGGGCUCCUGGGGGCUGUUAUCUUCUUCUUUUUCUUCUGGAAAAAACGAAACUAUCAGGAAACUGAUCUGUCCAUGUCAAUGCAGAAAAGAUGAUGAUAAAGCAGCUGAAAGUGGAAGCAUGUCAGUUCUCCUGUCAUGGAAAGUAAAAGCAGUGUGGCAGUUAAAUAUAACAUAAGAAAGCAAGGUUUGUUUCUUAUUAUUGCUUAGAAAUAUCAUUUGUUUGUGAUCGAUCUGAGUCUCUUUGCUGUUGUUUUGUCUUAGCACCAUUGUAUGUAUAUCAUCUUGCUCCGAAUGCUUCUGUAGUUUUACCUGAAUACAGUUGUUAAAGCAUGACUUUCACUUGUAUCUGAGUAUUUUUCUAAUGAAUUGUUGAAAGUUUGAUUUUAAGAUCCCCUCCAGUCGUGUUCAGAUAUAUGUGAUACUUAGAUGAACCAACAGAAAUCACUUGGUUUUGUGUCUUUGUGUUGGUUUGCAUGAUGAUGGCGCUAAAUCACCAGCCUGAUAAUCACCAAUGUUAUUACAAUUCAUCCAGAGGAAAACGUGAACUGCUCAAAUGGCUUCCUCCAACAGAGCAAUCAAAUCAGAGAGGAGAACCGCCUUCAUGCUUCUACCGAGCUUAAAAUCUUAAAGUAAAAGUCACCAUAAAUCUGUACCAUUCUCAUUUCCCCCAACCCCCCACUGCAGACACUGAAUAUCUCAGUGUCGCAAUACGGAAACCAGAUGCACCACAGAUUAGGGGAAGAGCAUCUGAGGAAGCAUUAACAUAUGACUGUGUGGUGACAUACAAAGAUUAACACUCCUUGUGUUUGCUCCUGUGUUGUUCUGAUCCUCAGACAUGGAGAGACAGGUGUGUAGUUGGCUCCUGACAGUGCUGCUGCUGCUGGAGGUGCUGAACUCUGCUCUAACCCAGUGUGUCCAGUUAAACUUGACGGUUGGUGAUACCUCCAUAAUGGCGCCUCCUUUCUCUGCUCCUAUCACCAGCAAACAUAAGAUUUAUCUGGUACGGCACGUUUAAAGGCCACACAACCACUGCCCGUCUGGAAAUUACAGGCAUCUGUCUCUUUGCUGUUGUUUUGCAUCAUUGUCGGCCUGUUGCUUUGUGUCUUAGCACCUCACCUUGUAUCAUCUUACCCAUAAUCCUCCUGUACUUUCACUUCAAUAAAUUUUUAAUGCAU